AUGAGACCAAUUCGUGGGUUUCACCAAAUUUCACAUUAUGCCCAAGAAUCCAUCAUUCCAGCCGGGUUAACUACGCGGGAGUUUCAUUCCUCGAAUAACCGUGAUUUGGCCGACGGAUCACUGCGGAUCCCGAAGUUUGCCGAACGAGCUGGUCAUGGUCUGAUCCUGAACCAGCCACCCUUGGAAUAUUUGGGUCUACAUCCUAACGGAGGGAUUGAAUUACAGCUACCGUUAAAACGUAAUUACAUCAAGCCUGCAUUGAAGCGAGUCGCCCAGCCACAUUUAUAUUUGCGCCAGUUCAUUCAGUAUCCCGUGUUGGAUGAGGCGAACCGCAAGAGGUGA